GCGGGGCUGCGGCACCCACGGGCGGCCGCGGCGGGACCGCGCCGGCUGCGAGCGCUCCGCGGGGCCGCGCCGGGGCCGCUCCGCGCCGGGACCCCGCGCCGCCAGCCCCCUCCGCGCCGGGCCCCGGCCCUGGCAGCGCCGCCCGCCCUCCCGCCGGCACCGGGGUUCCGGCGGUACCUGGGGAGAAGCGGAGGCAGGUGUUGGAGGGAGAACAGUGAUCCCGGUGUCCUCACUGCCCUGCCGGAGGAGGGGAAAUCCAGAGAAAGCUUCCCUUGUGGUGUGGUGCAGCCUGGGACACAGCUGUGAGUGGCCAAACUGACAGGGUGACACUGUCCUGCUGCCGGUCUGGCCCCAUCCCACCGCCAGCACCACGGCCGUCCCCUUUGUCCCCUGCCAAUGCCAGCAGGUGGAGGCUGCACGCUCGAUCACUGCCCUGGCGUCCCAAGCGUGAGACUGGGCUGUGGGCCCCGCCGGUUCCUGCGGGACAGCGGCCAUGGCGGCUGCUCUCUCCACCGGAGCGAUCGUGGCAAUUUCCUUUAAUUGUGUCAUCGCAGUGCUCAUCCUCAUCCUCUUCCUCAUCCUCUGCAAAGCCUGCAGGACCCCCUCAUGUCCCAAGAAGACCCCGGCUUCUGAUGUGGAUGAGUCAAGGAAUGAAGAGAAGUACCUGCUGCAGCCCUGAUCUGCCUGGGGAUUGGGGUAUCCGCUUGUGCCGAAGGAGUUGUGCCAGACUGGAUGCCUGUGCUGCGACUCAAGUGCUGGACCAGGCACUAUGAAAGCUGAGGGAACCCCCAACUACUUGCAGUGGCUGUGACAAGGGACACAGUCCUUUGCCUUUGUGGUUCUGGUGUGUGAAGUUCCUGCGAGUGCCCACAGUGAUGAUGGGGAUAGAGAGACAACUGAUGGGGAUAUGCUACAGGGACAGUCAUGCCUGUCCCAGCGGCCACUGAGCACAGCAGGAGCUCUGCUUUCAAGUGCACCCCUUGUUUGGGAAGAGCCUGUGGGCUCUUCUCUGGUGCUCAUGGCCUGGGACAGUGGCAACAACGUCACAAACCCGGGCAAAGCUGGCUGGGGACCUGGAGAGGGGAGACAGCAGGGCUGGCACAAGUCCUUCUUCCUGAGCAGGCUGGCUGCUCCAUGGCAGGGUGUGCCCAGGGGAACCUGAGCAGCCCCAGCUCUGCUGGUAGAGCACGGUGUUACCAGUUUAGAUGUUUAGGGGUGGCCCUGGGUGCCAUGUGCCCUCAGCCUCAGGUGGGCAUUUGGCAGACGUCUGCCCAAGAAGUGGGUUUAAUGAGGCACAAAAGGGCCUGCAUGGUCUGCCUGAUCAUCCCCAGCCUGUCUUGUCAGUCCUCUCCAGCAUUAGCACCAACGCUGCUAGGCAAAUGACCCUCGUCCUCCUCGCUGGGUGUGUAUCCCUGCCUUCCCCCCACCCCACCUGCUCCCAGCCGAGGCCAGCCAGUGGUAUUUGCCCUGUCUGUAAGCAGCAGAUGUGCCCUUGCAGGCAUCUCCAAUCCCGCUGAGAGCAGUCUGGUGUGGCUUUUUCCUGGGGAGAUGGGAGACAUGGGAAGAUGAGGGUGCCUGGACAAAUAGCUUUGAAGGUUCUUUGACCCUGCCUGUUCCCUGGGGAUCACAGUGGCUGUGUGGGGAGGGAUGCUGAUAUCUGGCUUGUCUGCAAGCCUGGCAGCUGCAUCCCCUGCCCUGCCAGUGGGUGCUGUGGGUUUUGGAGGGCUCUGCCUUGCCUUUCCUAGAGCCGAGCAAUAGCCACUGUCACCGCUGGCAUAGCCACUGCAAUAAGGGGACAGAAGGGUGGG